ACGUCAUUCCACAUGUAAGGUGGAGGAGUUGUUCUGCUCUAGAAGCUCGAGUAAAUGGCAGAGUCCAGUGCUAGUGCUAAUGGACGGGUGGAGAUCCAGUUGAACAGCCUGUCAGAGUCCGAUGGAGGGAGUGCAUCAGACCGGAGCAAACGUUCCAAGUCCCCAGGCAAAAGACUACGCUCUGAGAAUAGGCCACUUAUUAAUCGGAUGAGCUCCACGGACUCCGCCUUGUAUCAUACGAACGAGUUUGAGGACCAAGAAUUUGGUGGUAUAGUGAGAGCUGCUGAGUCAGCAAUCGAGGCCAAUAUCCUCCCCCAGAUGAUCACCCAGGGGAGCAGCGGCAGCUACUUUGUUAAGGACGUGGAAAACGAGACCAUUGCAGUUUUCAAACCUAAGGAUGAAGAACCGUAUGGUCAUUUGAACCCAAAGUGGACCAAGUGGAUACACAAACUGUGCUGUCCAUGCUUUUUUGGUCGCAGCUGUAUUGUGCCUAACCAAGGUUACCUGUCCGAGGCUGGAGCGUACAUGGUGGAUGAGAAACUAGGCCUGGGUGUGGUUCCCAAGACUAAAGUGGUGUAUCUGGGGUCCGAAUCAUUCCAUUACAGAUUCAACGAUCGAUGGAAGACAAGCGUACGUCGAUUUGCCACUGAGCAAUGGCCGGACACCAUCGGCAAGAGAGUCUCCAGUGGACUACCUCUAAAGGUUGGUUCGUUCCAGUUCUUUGUCCGAGGGUACAAGGAUGCUCAGGAACAGCUGGUGGACUUUAAGGCCACUCCCCUCCCCCCUCACUUGGAGCAACAAUUUCAGCUGCAGUUUGAGCGACUCGUUGUGCUCGAUUACAUCAUUCGGAACACAGACAGAGGCAACGAUAAUUGGCUGAUCAAGUAUGAGCCGCCCUCAGGCACUGGCGCUGAUGAAGUGUUGUCAGAUGAGGAGCGCUAUAAGUUAGUGUCAGCAUCAGAAGGUGCAGCUGGCUCUGUCAAGAUAGCCGCCAUUGACAAUGGCCUCUCCUUUCCUUUCAAGCACCCUGACGAAUGGAGAGCAUAUCCGUUCUAUUGGGCAUGGUUGGACAUGGCCAAGGUUCCCUUCUCUGAUAACAUUGCCGAGUGCGUACUGGACAAUUUAAAAGAUGUUCAGUUCAUACAGUCUCUCAUCGAUGACCUCAGGGAGGUGUUCAAGAAAGACAAGGGAUUCGACGGCUCCACAUUUGACAAGCAAAUGGCAGUCAUGAGAGGCCAGAUCCUGAACCUGACUAGUGCUAUUGAGAACAAGAAGACUCCCUGGGAACUGGUCAACAUGCCGCCUGUGGUGGUAGAGUCCAUCAGACGAGGACGGACUCGACAAUUCAUUCAAAAGUUUAGAGCUAGAGCUCCUUUUUUCACUGGCUGUUGAUUGAUUCAUCUCUUUAAUAAUUUUGUAUGCAAUAUUCAAAUUCAAAUUUGUGUGUCUAUUUUUUAUAAGCAAUUCUGAUCAUGUAUUAUGUGUUUUACACACGCUGAUAAUUAAUUACCAAUGAACCUGA